AUGCUAAAAUCUUCAUAUGUAUCCCUCACACUUAUCUUUCUCUACUGCAUUUUCUUUUCAACGCUUGCUUCGUCUUUGCCCGUUUCUGACCCUGAGCUCAUCGUCGAGGAAGUACACAGGAAAAUAAACGAGUCGAUAUCAAGAAGGAAGCUAGGGUUCUUCUCGUGUGGGACCGGUAAUCCAAUCGACGAUUGUUGGAGAUGCGACAAAAAUUGGGAGAAAAACCGGAAACAUUUAGCCGAUUGUGGAAUCGGUUUUGGCAAAAAUGCAAUAGGCGGUCGUGAUGGUGAAAUCUACGUAGUCACCGAUCCAGGAAACGACGACCCGGUCAACCCUAAACCAGGAACUCUAAGAUACGCAGUGAUUCAAGACGAACCGCUUUGGAUCAUAUUCAACCGAGACAUGACCAUUCAACUCAAAGAAGAGCUCAUAAUGAACUCUUUCAAAACCCUAGACGGACGAGGAGCCUCCGUACACAUUGCCGGUGGUCCAUGCAUAACCAUACAGUACGUGACAAACAUCAUCAUCCAUGGCUUACACAUACAUGACUGUAAGCAAGGUGGAAACACUUACGUGCGAGAUUCUCCCGAGCAUUACGGAUAUAGAACGAUAUCGGACGGUGACGGUGUGUCUAUCUUCGGUGGGAGCCACGUGUGGGUUGAUCAUUGCUCGCUCUCGAAUUGUAACGAUGGGUUGAUUGAUGCGAUCCGUGGAUCAACGGCCAUAACGAUAUCUAAUAAUUAUUUGACGCAUCACAAUAAAGUUAUGUUAUUGGGACAUAGUGACACGUAUGAACAAGACAAGAAUAUGCAAGUCACUAUCGCAUUCAACCAUUUUGGGGAAGGCCUCGUCCAGAGAAUGCCAAGGUGUCGACAUGGAUAUUUCCAUGUGGUGAACAAUGACUAUACACAUUGGGAAAUGUAUGCAAUCGGAGGAAGUGCUAAUCCUACCAUCAACUCUCAAGGCAACCGUUUUCUUGCUCCUGAUGUAUCUACUAGCAAAGAGAUAACAAAGCACGAGGAUGCGCCCGAAAGUGAAUGGAGCCAUUGGAAUUGGAGAUCGGAAGGAGAUCUAAUGCUUAACGGCGCAUUCUUUACACUUUCUGGUGCUGGACCAACUAAAUCAUCAAGCUAUUCGAAAGCCUCGAGCCUAGCCGCUAGACCGUCCUCUCAUGUUGGUGACAUGACUAUAGCCUCGGGUGCACUCAGCUGCAAAAAGGGUUCCCAUUGCUGA